AUGCCCAGAACCAACGCAGUGCCACAGUGGAAGUUGCUGCAGCAUGGCACCUUCGAUGCGGACGGUGAACACGUUCCGCCUCCAGAAAAAGGUACCACGAAUCUGAAGGUUGGUUUCAAACAGCGGACGAGACAGCGGUCUGCGCUCUUUACGGCUUUGGUUCUGAGUGGAUAGUAUUCUUUCCUUUGCGUUGCAAUCAGAGCAUUCUAUUUCUAUAAUUGCUAGCUCCUUAUUUUACUCCGUAGGGCUCACCUGAUAGUACACCUACAACGUGUUAAAGACAUGAUCAUGAAUCACCGCAAUGUUCACCGAAACAAGUUGUACAACUAAUACUUCUGCAGAAGCCACUGGGACUGAAGGCGGGUCAGCAUCCUUGGAGUCCGCGGAGUCAAGCGAAGCGGAGAACGACUCAGUAGUAUUAGAUAGGGCUUUUGAGAGUCUGCUGGAUGAUGUAGAUGCUGCUGGAAGAGACCACCACUCUGGAGACACGAGAAGGAAAAACAAUAGGAACAAAGUAGAUACUAGUAAAAAAGCAGUAAAGUUUUCUUCAACUUCACCAGAACAGAGAAGACCCCG